CUGGACUGGGUGGUUGAUAAAUGUCAUUUUUUUAAAAGUUGUCCUUUCAUAGGAAGCAAUACAGUGACCUAGAGACAGCUGUAGAGUUGAUGACUAUAAAUAUUUCAUUUAACAUCUAUUUAUAGAUCUAAAUGUUAAAGGAAAUUUUCGGGCACCAUGACGCAAACUAAAGUAUUGGCUUCAAAAUGUGUGUUCAGUGUUUUUCUUUUAUACCUGACGAGCACUCGAGUAUCUGCACAAGGGACUACUACUGCCUGUGGUAGUGAGCCUACAAUAGUCAUUAAAUUCCCAGAGAGUGAUUUAAACGUCACGCUUCCAUUUACUGAUGAAUAUGUACAAAAUGUGUUAACAAAUGGACAACCCGCCAGAGUGGAUGUGAACUUUGAGCCUGGAGAUACGAUAUUAACAACUAAAUAUCCUUUUAGUGACUAUUUUGUAACUUCAUAUAAUACUGUUCAAAAAGCAUUCCAAGUUAGAAUGAUAAGAGGCAUUGACAGAGAUGGUGCAACCACUAGUACAGAAGACGAUGUCAAUAUUCUUCAGUAUCGGUUGGUUUGCUAUCCAGAUGCGGCUGCCGUCAGUUCUAAUUCAGCUAUAUUUAGAAUACUAGAGAUUCAAAUACUUGAUGUGAAUGACAACACUCCACAAUUCGUCAAUGCUCCAUAUUCAUUAACAGUCAAUGAGUUAACUCCUGUUGGUCUGACUGUGUUCCGAGGAAUCAGUGCCACAGAUCUCGAUGAAGGACCUAAUAAGCAAAUUUUCUACAGUUUCAGUUCCGGACAGUCUCCUCUUAAUCUUAAUGGCACACAGUACUUCAACUUACCAUCAGAACGAGAGGGUAUAGUAAGUGUGUUGAGUCCCCUAGACUUUGAAAGUAUGUAUGCCGCAGCUCAAGGAGAUGCUUCACAGGUCUACUAUACUAUAAUUGUUACUGCUAGAGAUAAUGCAAGUCCUCAAUCUGCCCAGAGAGCCAACCAAACUACUAUAAAAAUAACAAUUACUGAUGGAGACGACCAAGGUCCAGAAUUUAUUUAUCCAAGUUGUAUCCAAAGUUCACAACCCACCAGCAAGUCGUGUAUCAGGCCAAAGUAUCUGACUUCAGUCACUUCAGGAAACUCUUCUGCUAAAACUUUAGAAUUUCUACCUGACCCUCCAGACUCUGCUAAUCCAUCAACAAAAGUUCUAAUUUUGAUGCAAGACAGAGACACUUUGAACUCGAAUGUGUCUUGUAAGAUUAUUCAAACUGAACCAUCGGGAUAUGAAAGUCAUUUUAGUUCCAGCUAUAUUCCCCAGUACAGUGGUAAACAAAGCCGAUGUGUUGUUGAGAAAGUAGCUAAUAAGCCUUUAUACAGAAGUAAUCUUACAAGCUUGGAGCUAGUUCUUGAGGCAGUUGAACUGUCACCAACAGCGAGGGUGGACUACGCUACAGUAGUUGUGUCUGUUGAGUUGGCUAAUUUAAAUCCACCAAUCAUCACCUACAAUUCAAACACAGGCUACAUCUAUGAGAACUCUCCAGCUGGGGCUAGACCUUUUAUUGAUGCAACAGCCAAUACCACACUUCUCAAGUUAACUUUUACAGACCCUAACAGGUUUUCAUCAGAUCCUCCAGUUCCAUUGACCGUUACAGUAAGACCUGAAACUACAUUUGGUGUUACACAGGACGGAUAUGUUGUAUUAAAUAGUGGAACAUUGGAUUAUGAGAUACAGAAAGCCUAUGUCUAUAGUGUAACAGUGACAUCUAAUGGACUCUCAUCCUCAGAGACACUCACAAUCAACGUAUUAGAUAAUAACGAUAAUGUGCCAGUGAUUCAAAACGAUGAUCCCAUUGUGUAUGUAACUCCAGGAAUCUUCAACAACCCUCUUACUUUAAGAAAGCUAACUGCAACAGACAUAGAUUUUGGACCUCCUUUGUUUUCCCUCCUGCGUGUGUUUCCCGCCACUCUAGAUGUGACGUUUUCUGUGUCUGGAGAUGGAGAAGUGAGUUUGCAAGGUUUAAUCAGGCCCACUGACACAUAUAUUGUUUACAUCAGCGCUUCAGAUCAGGGAACUCCAAAACAAAGUUCUGAUGCUGUUGUUGUGAUUAGUGCUAACAGAGGUACCAGUACUUAGCGUGUACAUGUAUACAUGCAUGUUUAUAUUUUAAAUAGCAAAAGAAUAUCUCGUGUUAUAUUAUAUCAGAAGUCAUUUUAGUUUAAUUAUAUGAUGUAUGUUUCGAGAAAACAUUUAAUUUAUUUAUGCAAA